AUGAAGGUCUCCGCCUCGCUCACUGCUCUUGCCCUUUCCGCGUCUGCGUACGCCGCACCGAGUACUACGCUCACGGAGAGGUUCAACAAGGACUAUGACCGUUGUACUACCGGUCGCGCGUCGUCGGACUACUUGAGGGAGAACUACCAGCCGUGGAUCAAGCAGCUCUUCUCGCCCUGCGUUGGCCCGACUGAUACGCACAACAUCUGGUCGAGCAGGACCUGUGUGGCUGCUGCCGUCGCGAUGGGUCCCGCCAUCAUCACCGACUUCGCCGUCUGCGACAAGGCGGACACUCUGUUCGAGACCGACCAGCCCAACCUCGACUACGGCGUCUACGCCAGCAUUGUCGGUGACUGUGCCUACGACGCCAAGGCAUGCCCCAUCACCCGCCAGAACCUCCUCGACCUCGUCUACAGCGAGUUGGACAAGGCCGGCGCUUCCAUCUGGCCCGCUGAUGCGUCCGAGAUCCUCGCAGACGUUAUCGGUCCCAUCAUGGAGUGGUCGAGCAACAGCUACACCGGUACCGUCGCUUACACGCGCUUCAACAAGUGGUUGCAUGUCUCGGGCUACCCGGGCACUAUCACGGACGGCGGCGAGCACACCAAUGGCAAGACCUACUUCUACGACCACGAGGACGACCGCGACUAA